AUGCCAGCUAGCAAAGUGUUCACAGUCAUCAUAGGGACACUCAUGGCGCUAAUGGUGAUAUGGGGGAUUCUUACGCGUCUAAUCCCUCAUUUCCUCCCUACGCCGCCCGUGAAAUGGAGACUAAGGGUUAAUAAUGCAAUUAAAAAAGCUAACAGCGUUGAGAAUAAAACUCCAGUUAUGGACUUCGGCUGGAAAACUGGUGCUGUUCGGCGCCAAAUGAUCUUAGCCUCGAGCAAUCCUUCUGAUUACACAAACAAGCGAUUUGGGAAUGCUAUUCACGUAGGGAAAACCGAUAGAGAAAAUCGUGAAGCCUUUAUCAAUCGUAUGGUUCCACAACUGAGAUCUUACAAGCGUAAUAUAUUUGGUUUUUUUCACCCAUACUGCAACGCUGGUGGCGGCGGUGAGAAAGUACUCUGGAAAGCAGUCGAAUCAACAUUGCAAAAGAACCCUCAAGAUGUUGUCGUAAUUUACACCGGUGACAACGACGUUUCAGGGCCAGAAAUUUUGGCGAAUGUCUAUAAAAGAUUUGAAUAUAAACUCGACGAAUCGAGAAUAGUAUUCAUCUUCCUGAAACGAAGGUAUUUAGUGGACUCGAAAACGUGGCCUAGACUUACUCUUCUAGGACAAGCUCUUGGGUCUAUUAUAUUGGCAUUCGAGGCAUUAUACAAACUUCCGCCUGAUGUCUGGUGUGACACAAUGGGGUAUCCAUUCACGUACCCUUUUAUACACUGGUUCGCAAGUAUACCUGUUAUUGCUUAUACACACUAUCCUAUAAUCUCAUCCGAUAUGCUCGAUAAGCUGAUACUUUUACCAAGCUUCAAAUCCAGCUUGAAACUUAAGCUCAAAUAUUAUUACUGGAAACUAUUCAUGCUGCUAUACAAGUUUGCUGGAAAAUUCGUUGACGUUUCCAUAACUAAUUCAACGUGGACGAACAAUCAUAUUAAACAAAUUUGGUCAACGGGUUCAUCAAAAAUAAUCUACCCACCCUGUUCGACAGAAAACCUCGUUUUCAAAGGAAUUAAAGAGAAGUGGACACGUAAGAAUCGUGCUGUUGUAAUUGCCCAGUUUCGUCCCGAGAAGCGCCAUGAGCUAAUAAUUCGUUCUUUCGCUAGUUUACUGGAUACUAUAUCAGUCGAGCAACGAAGCAAAGUUCCUCAGCUCAUAUUGAUAGGUUCAACAAGGAGUGAUAAAGACCGUGAAUAUGUUGAAGAGUUGAAAAAAUUAGCCUAUGAAACAUUGAAGAUUCCUGCAAACCUGGUUGAAUUUCAUACCGACUGUCAAUAUGAGCAAAUGAAGACAUUCUUGCACACUUCUUCCUACGGAAUUAAUGCAAUGUGGAAUGAGCAUUUUGGAAUAGCUGUUGUGGAAUAUAUUGCAUCUGGUCUUAUCCCACUGGUUCACGCCUCUGCUGGCCCACUUUUGGAUAUUGUAGUGCCAUGGGACUCUAAGAGACGGGUACAGGCUGAUCACGAUAGCAUCUACAACCGAACGGGAUUCUUUUUCAAAGAUCCUAGCGAUCCCGAUUAUGGAAAAAAGGACUAUGAAACAUAUCCUACGUUGACCGAUCUUUUCAUCACUGUUAUCAAUUUGACUGAUGAUGAAAAAUUACAAAUUAGUCAAAGAGGACAACAGUGCGUCUUGAACAAGUUUUCGGACUUGAGUUUUUCACGAGCAUGGAAUGAAGUUCUUGAAGAAAUUGAGGAGAUUGAGCCCGAAUAUGCCAAACGAAGAAGCUAG